AGACUGCAGUUUGACGACGUGGAACGGCCGCUGAGGAAAAUGCUGUUUCUAUUUCGAGAGGGAGUGGUGUUGGUCACCAUUUUCCUGAUUCUAUCAUGUCAAUAUGGAACAGGUAAUUACAAUGUUCCACUGCUCAGUCAAUCUUACUUUCACUAGCACUAGAGCAAUGGGUGGAGCCAGCAGCACAUUUGCUGGUGUCUGUCCUCUGACAGCUGCAGGGCCAUCAUCCCUGGAGAUGGAUUAUACAAGGCUAACUUCACACAGACCACAACUAUGGACAGAGGCUUUUCAAGUCUAUUCUUUUCACGAACAUAUGAUUUGCGUUCACUGGAGUUGGUAGCAGAUAUAAUGGAACCAGACUACUUGUCUGUGACAGGGAGAGUCAAUGGAUACUGUAAUGAUAGCUACACUGUCACACUGGCAUUUGGGACGGGACCAAAGACUGGAGGUUGCAAGGCUGGGCUAAAUGCCACAAGUGUCAUCCUUGCUCCUGGAGAUACCAAUCGCUUCUUUACAUACACUGAUUCUCUUCCUCUGCCAGCUAACCACACAUACUGUUACCUCAUCAAUGGUGUUCCACAUGCCUUCAUAGACGCUGGUCCUAGUCCUGGUCCGAGCGGUGCAACAGUGACUCUCUCUGACACUCUACUGAUGAUACUACUAGUGGCUGUGGCCCUUGGUUAGAGCUCUACCUAGAGCAGCAAUAGACUGAAGCUGAAUCAUAGACAUUACUACCCUUCUGUAGGAAGUUGGUGGAUCAUGUACAGUAGCAUUAAUGUUUGAUACGUGGUCUAAACGUACUACUUAAUUCUAGGGUCAAGCACUAUGUAGCAACGAAAGGGAAUAUGGAUACAAAUAUUUGAUGCUGGGUGACUAAUCAUAACCC